AUGAGACUGCUGCUACUACUACCGAUCCUUUAUGCCAGCUUGGACCCAUCGGAAUGUCUAACACCCGGGGAGAACUGUGAAAUGUGCCAAAUUGUGCUCCGCACAGUUUUCGGCCACUUUUCAGCCAACGUUCCGUCCCGAAAAAAGUUGGUCAACCAGUUGAAGCACGAAUGUAAACGACAUUUUAAUUACCGACGACGAUGCCUAAUGGCGGUCAAGGACCAAGGCGACUUCUUGUAUCGAGAAAUGACCGGAGGCGACUUUAAACCCAUAAAACCUUGUUUCAUUAUGAAGGAGUGCAAACGUCUCCAAUCACCACUCCCUGAAGACUUCUUUGUGAACAACGCGGACAACUCGACGUAUCCCUUGGAAUCGACAAUUUCCGACACGACAAUUGAAUUGGAUACUGUAACUACAGUAUCCCCAACGACCACCGCACCAAAUGGGCAGGACUAG